CUAGCCGCCUAGCGCUGCCGAGCCCGCGCGGCGCGGCGGGCGUGCGUACACGAACCGCCCGCGCCGAGCCGUGCCAGCUCCGCACGCGGCCGCCGCUUCGCCGUGCAGCGCCCGGCCCGGGGUCGCCGCGCAGUACACGUCUGCCCGCCGUGUACGCACGAGCGGGUGUACUACCACAUCCCCUCCCCCGUGUCUCGCCCUCUUCGCGUCGUACUGCACGCCGCCGCGCCGCCUAUAUAGGCAGCCGCGGCGGCACACUCCGACGAACGCACAGCGCAGCAACCCCACGCUCUCACGCGGCGACAGAGCAGCACGACGCGCGAGGCCGCCAUGGACAUGGGCGGAGGGCACGACAUGGGAGGCAUGAUGGCCCCGCCGCCGUCCCCGCCCGGCGGCGGCGGCGGCGGCAUGGGGAUGCGGAUGCGGUACACCCACAUGACCUUCUUCUGGGGCAAGAACUCAGAGAUCCUCUUCACGGGGUGGCCCGGCGCCGACGGCGGCAUGUACGCGCUGGCGCUCGUGGCCGUCCUCGCGCUCGCGUUCGUCCUCGAGUUCCUGGGCUCCCGCAGGCUGGACGCGCUCCUCCCCCGUGCUGCCGCCGGGGGCAGGCGGCGCGCGGCGGCGGCAGGGGCGGCGCGCGCGGCGGUGCACGCGCUGCGCGUCGGCGGGGCGUACCUGCUCAUGCUCUCGCUCAUGUCGUUCAACGGCGGCGUGCUCCUCGUCGCCGUCGCGGGGCACGCGGCGGGGUUCCUGGCGUUCAAGGCCGGCCUGUUCGGCGACGGGCGGGCGCAGGUGGAGGACGGGUGCAGCAAGGAGGAGCUCGAGACGGCGGCGUGCUGAUGAUAGGCUUGCUGCGACGACGGCGCCGGCGCCGGUGAUGGUCGAUGGGUUUGUGUGUCUGUCGUUGUUGUGCCGCGUGCGAUCUAGUGAAUCCAUGUUGCCGUUUUGGCCGAAUCGUGAUGGUGGUUGGGAUGCAGCCCCUGAAUCUGGGAGGUUAAAAUUCCUGUGAUGAGCUAGCUGUGAAAAUCUUGGCUGUACUAUCUUCUUGAAUUAUGGUGUGGCAGUUGGUUGUGUUGUACUUCUAUCUUCUAUUCUUCUUGAAUCCCUACCAUACACGGCUUGUCUCCAGCUGCAUGGGCGUCUGCAUGCAGUGCAGGCAGUGUCCUCCUGCUUCUGCUUGAGCUUGCCUGCAUGUAAAACAGCUCAAAUCAAAAUGGCUUGCAAUUGUGCAUCA